AUGACAGUCAUUUUACGCCUCUGUUGUUCCGUAAGGAAUAAAUGUCAUGUAGCGAAAUCCACAUUUGAAUUUAAAUGUUCUGAUCUUAUUCUGACGGGACCGAGUGGAGUACGACCUUUUGCCGACAUGAUAGGAUGUCGGACUUCAGAAGGGAGGACCUCUGGAACGACAUGUCAUCUUCUCUCAGAUGACGUGGAGGCCUUCCUCUCUACGCUGGACGUGGAAAUUGGAGGGUACCAUACUGAAAUUGACCACACCAUCGUCAGUAAAAGACUUUGCCUGACGGAUGUCGCUGUUGUGCUAAAGUUUUAUACGGGAUCGGACUAUCGCCUCCUCCUGAGAAGAUUUUCGUUUACCAGGAGAGAAACGAAAGCCGCAAAGUUCAGAGAGCGAAGUACCAGAACUAUCAAUAAAUUGGAUAUUUCCGCAACGCUAGUCAGCUCUUGGGAAGAUUCCGCAAUGGACUGCAUCGACGAGGAUUACGAUCGGCUCGUUGAACAUCUUCAUGACUGCACGAGGAAGGCUGAGAGUUUUAAAACCACCAAGAAACGCCUGUCUCUUGAAUAUCUUGAGCUGAUAUGCCAGUGUGGAGUAGCACGAGCCGCAGGGAACCGAGAACUCACUUCCGAGCUCGCAAGACUUUGCAGAGAGGCGAUAAAGGAAGACCUUAAAGAGAAAAGAGCAGAAGUGCUGGCAGAAGCUGCAGAGACGGGGAAAAGCAUCCACUAUGCCGCCAUGCCAGUCGAGACUUCGCCAGUCGCAAGACAAGGAUGA